CGUGUGCGACUUUCUUUUUUUCUGCUGGGCCGAGGCCAUCACCAGCAGCAUCCCGCUGAGUUGCGCUCCGUCGUUGAUAGCCACGACAACGGGGAGGCCACAGCGACCAUAGGAGACUGCAAAGGACAGCACGAACCAGAACAAAGCGGCACGACAGAGUACGACGGAGCAAGCAGAAGCGACAGACAUACCGCGAACGGCAGAUCACAGCAGCCAUCAUGGGUCUCUCGGAGCCAAGGCGAAAGCAGCGAAUUGGGGUCGACCCUCAGAACAAGAGCUGGAGUGACGAUACCGACAAGUUCGGCUUCAAAAUGCUGCAGAAAAUGGGAUGGGACUCCAACAAGGGCCUGGGGACGAACCAGGACGGUAUGCGCGAGCACAUCCAGGUCAAAGUCAAGAACAACAACCAUGGCAUUGGGGCAACUCGGCGAACGAUCGACAACUGGAUCGAUCAUUCAAACGCAUUCACUUCGCUGCUAGAAUCGCUGAAUCAGCAAGUCGAGUCUGAGCAAAGCCAGGCGACCCAGGACGAGGACAGCGACGAAGACGGUGGCGAGAGCAGUGAGAAGGAUGAAAAACAGAAGAAAACGACGAAAGGGAAGAAGGACAAGAAGGACAAGAAGGACAAGAAGGACAAGAAGGACAAGAAAGACAAGAAGGACAAGAAAAAGCAGAGGAAGCAGGAAAAUGCUGCCCCGGAGGAAAGCGAUGUCGACGAAAAGGAGAACUCGGAAGAGAGCGCCAGUGGCAGCAAGCGAGCGGUUGAGGAGCCUGAUGUCUCCUCAGAAGACAAGAUCAACAAGCUGAUGUCGCGAGGACGUCUGCUGUAGGUCAUCCAGUCUCUAUUUGCCCAAUGCCUCGGCCAGUUUGGAUGGAUUGACGACUGUCUCUGAUGCUAACCUGAUCUAUGGUCUGAUGAUCUGCCUGGAUAUCUUGGCCUUCUCUCCGGGUCCACUGCAAUCGUGAAUCAGCCACCGAAAAAAGUUUUUGCGAAACAAAAAUGUGAGUGGCUACGACU